AUGGUCAGCGUGCUACCAUUGAGGAAUCUGAUGACAACCUUACUGCUCCAAGUGAACGUCCGAAGUGUGUUGCUUCUCAGGCUGCUUCUCAGGACUCGCUUCGUGCUACACAGCAUGGGCUGGGAUGGUCCCAAAGGGUCGCGGGAGUGCAAAGGCAAAGGUGACGGAAGCAAAGGUCAGCUCAAAUACGGUGAAGACGGGCAGCAGAAACCCACAGAUACAAGCGGUCAAUUGAAGACUCACAAGGAGAAGCGCAAGCGGGAGCCCUCAGUUGGCGCAAACAGUACCAGAAAGCCAAGCGUGGACGAAGGGAGGAGAGCGCCACAGUCGCGCGUCGAUAGUGAGGUCGACUCAAGCCCAGAGCGUCAACCGCAGAAGAAGGUUAAGGUCGGCGUUUUGUGGCCCGCAAAGUUCAGCGGCAGGCAGGCAUUCCAGAAGAGACCUCACCGAGCAGCUGUCAUCAACUUCAACGACUCGGACUCGGACUCGCCAGUGCCACCGCCACCACCGCCACGACACCGCACUUCUCGGCCAUCUCAAGCGACCCCAAGUCAAUCGCGACCUAGUGCAGCUACGCCUCAAGGAAUUGAAGACAAAUUCAAUGACGAUGGCGAAGGCAUGGAUGGUGAGGAGGCCGAUCAUGAGGAGGAGGCCGAGGAUGAUGAUCCAACUGCAAACGACUCGGAUCCUAUGCUCGGCGAUGAUGAUCUGGAUGAAGAGGAGGUACCGGCUGUUAUAUUGCGUGGGCAACGGCAGCUCACGAAGAAACAGCAAGAUAAGUUGAGGUCUGAGAUGCCAGAGAUUCGUCCUGCGCAGGUUACUCCACAGGCAAAGAAGCAGGCAAAGACGCACCACUCGGGUUUGGUCUCCGUCAGCAACAAGAUGCAUGACGGUAUCAAAUGGCUGCCGCGGACUAGAAUCAAGAUCGUCCAGAACCCGAAGAGCGUCAAGAUGGUGAAGAAAGCUCAGAACGCGAACGUCCAGCAAGUCAUGUCGCAUGCCUAUGUGCUAGGUGAUCGAAUGAUGGUUUUUGGCCGAGAAGAGGAUCGCGGGCUCAACGUCACCAGCGAUGCCCUCAAUACCAUGCUCACGCCAAUGGACAAGGCCGGCAUCGAUCGCAUUGGGUUAGAGGCCCUUAUUCAGUCGGCAGAUGUGCUUGGUACACCGGCGAGGGGGACAUUGCUGACCGCCUGGAACGCGGGUCGUACGAGCACUAUAUCAAACCGCUCACGGGUUAUGUCGCUCAUCUUCAAGCUCACGGUUCCGGCGGAGGACGCUGGGACAGUGCCCGACAAGACACUACUCCUCAAGGAAAUGAACUAUAUCUAUCCGUGGACGUCGGCGGGAGGAUUCGAUCGGCGCGCACCUUACGAAAGUCUGGUGAUCAAGUCGGCGGUGCGCUUGGGAUUCUUCACUAAUGUGGUAUAUGUCGGAAUCGGGCUCCAGAACAUCGCGCUCUGCACGUCUUCGCUGGAGAACAAACCAUCAGAGUUCGAAGUGCCACUGGAGAUGGUCGCACUUGCCAUGACAGCAGUCGAGGCUGUGAUACACGAACAUAGCCUUCGUAUCAGCAAGCCAAUUGAAUUCGGAGCAGCCAAUGCACCCGCAUACCAUGAGCAUAGGAUACGAUUGGCAGAUUUCCGACAGCAGAAGCCGAAGCGGUAUCACCGCGUCAUGCACGACAUAUUCAAGGCCGUGACAGCUGGUCAUACACUGCAUUCGGGCACGCAUGGCACAGGCAUCAAUUGGGACGAUGUACCCGAUGAUGAUGAGUAG